AAGCCUUUUGCUUGCUGAGCCAGAGAGGAAGGAAGUUUUAGCAUCUACACUUAGAGGAACAACCUGAUGCAGCAAAAGCUCAGGGUUUUGCAGAAUUUCCCCUCAAGCUGGCAGGCCGUUGGUGAUAAGAAGAAGGACAAUUCCCUGCUUUAGGCUAUAUGGGGAGCUUCGUAUUUGACUGCUCUAGACAUUGCUCACUGCUCUAGACAGACAUCCAGGCGGGCUAACAGAGGGAGGAGGACAAGGAUAGAGAUCUCUUACCCUUGCAGAAAAACAGAAGGAGCAGGAAGAAAAGGCAGAAAUGAGAGACCGACUCUUUGAACUCUGUGAGCUAUCUAGGCUCUAUAGCCAACAUGGGCCUGAUGAGGAGGAUGACUUGCAAUCACCUCGGGAAAUUCUCGUGUUUGAAACAGAUUAUGCCUUAGCAAAUCUUUACAAAGACAUUCAAGUAAUUCGCACAAGCAAUAACCACCUGAAAGAGGACAUUAGGCGCCUGGGCAAACAAAACACUCGCUUCCUUACAUCUAUGCGCCGCUUCAGUAGCAUAAAACGUGAUACCAACACAAUUGCAAAAGACAUCAAGGCCCGUGGAGAAGAUAUCCACAGGAAACUUCAGGCACUGAGAGACUUCAGUGAAGAUUCAGAAACGAAGCAUGGCUCAGGCACUAUCAUAGCCCGUGUAUCAAAGGACCACUACCUUGAUCUCAUGCAUGCGUUCCAGGAAGCCAUGUGUGACUACAAUGAGACAGAGAUGAACCAGCGGGAGAACUGCAAGAUUAGGAUCCAACGACAGUUAGAGAUCAUGGGCAAAGAUGUGUCUGGGAACCAGAUAGAGGACAUAAUUGAGCAAGGCAGGUGGGAUGUUUUCUCUGAGAACCUUCUGUCUGAUGCAAAAGGAGCUCGUACAGCCUUGAAUGAGAUAGAGACACGACACAAAGAGCUGAUGAAGCUGGAGUGUCGAAUCAGGGAAGUCCAUGAACUCUUUUUGCAGGUAGCGCUGCUGGUAGAAGAGCAGGCUGAUACCUUUAAUGUUAUUGAGCUGAAUGUGCAGAAUGUUGAAGAGUAUGUUGGAGAAGCUAAGGGCCAAGUGAGACAAGCUCUUGAAUACCGGAGGAAACAUCCUUGCCGAACAAUCCUCUGUUGCUGCUUAUCCUGCCUCAGGGGUUGACCAUCUUCCUCAAAUCACUAGACCAAUGUUGUGGGACACAUUCAAAUUGCUGUAUCGAAUAUUUAUGCUCUUCUUAAAAGAAGUUUCCUAUUUUACUUAAUUCUUUUCAUUCAUUACGUUGGAUGGAUUCAUUUAGGAUGUACUGACAGCCAAAUUAGAUGUUAGCAAAUUACUAUGUUCUCCAAGGUAGCAAAAGAUUAAUUAACUUUGCCCACACAUUGCUGCCAAAAUGGCAAAGAAAUCAAAAUAUAGACAAAGCUUUUGGGGAAAACUGAGCUGGACAAUAAGAUGCUCCCCAAAUGAACAUUUAAAAUGCAAACAAAUAAAUAAAAUAAAUAAAAAUAGAUGAUGUGGAUUUUAAAAUGGUCAGUGCUGUAGUCAGUAGUUCUUUUCUAAAGGAAAAGAAAAAAAGAAAUUACAGAACCAUAAAUGCACAUUAAUCAUUAAUAUAUUCUCUAUAACUAGCAUGCACAGAUGAUUCAAUAGCUUUUGAUACAAUAUUUGUUGUAAAUAGAAGAUGCUUAUUUUUAUAGGUGUACUUGUGUUUGUACAUGUUAAAAUAAAUGUGUAGAAGUUGUAAGUAUAUAUUUUGUUUACUACACUGUAUGAAGAAAGUUGUUGAGCUGCUCUCUGAGCAGUAGUUCUGUCUAUCACGAGAGCACUUGUUGGAUUAUUCAGGAAAGCAUGGCAAGAGCCACAAGUGCCAUGGGAUAUGGGAAUGACUAAGCCACAAUCUGGGAAGAUGCAGGGAGUAGGUAAGGAAAGCCAUUGUUGUUAAGGACUGUGUACAAACAAUUCAAUUUGUGAUGAUGGCCCAAAGUCUUACAACAGCAAAAGGGAAUGCAGAGGGUCAGAUGCCAUGAAGAGAGCUGGACAGGGAGUGGUCAAGGUUUGAACAGAAGAGAAGAGAAGUCAUGGCAGAAGAAGUUUGGAUAGGACUAAAAGCCAGAGCACAUCCCCUAGCCAGUACAGGACAUUUGAGAGCACAUGAGAAAGACUAACAGGAGGCAAAAGAGAUGAUGAUGAUGAUGAUAAAGGCCCAAAUGUUGCUUGGUGGAUGACAAAUGUUCUUCCCAUACAUUAAGAUAUCAAGAAGAAAAAGAAACUUUAUUUAGUCUUUAUAUUCAUUUCAACCAUGAUCAUUCUGAAGCUUGUUUUUGUGGGUGGUCAAUGUGAGGUCAAGAUCAGCGGUACUUUAAAUGCGUAACUUACAGCUUUAUACAGAAUAAUUCAGGUGCUACUUUUUAAGGCUUUUGUAAAUUUAAUGGUGCUCCUAGAGCACUGAUACUGAUUUGAGAAAAAAUGUAAACAAUUCCUCUGCAGUAUUUUAUAUCCUCCUGUUUUUCUUAAAAAAAUAAUCUUUUUUUGCAGAAGUUGAUAGCUUUUAUAUUUUUCUACUGUUAUAUUUAAUAAAUACUCAGCACUC